GAUAAGAUCUCUCUCUAUCUCUAUCUAUAUCUCUAUCUCUAUCUCUAUCUCUCUCCCUCUUUUUCAGCAAGUUUCAAUCCAAACCCUAACAUCUUUGAUUCCGAUAUAUCGGAGAAUAUUAGUUAAAAUAUAUUUUAACAGAAUAUUCUUUUUUUUUUACCAUCCCUCUAUUUCUUUCCCCUACAUACUCCUCCACACCAUAAAUGUCAAAUUGUCCUUUGCUCUUAAUUACUGUCACCACCACCACUACACCUAUUCUACAAACCCUUCUCGUAUUUGCAUAAGAAUACGUACUUAUAAUUAGUUAUACACAUUACAAAUACACACCAAAGGCAGGCCAGGCCCUAUAUCUAUAAAAGCAAGAGAAAAGAGAGAGAGAAGCGAUUCUUGGUUUAGCUUUCUUGAUGGAUUUCUGUUGGAUGAGAGAGAUUGAAGGUAAACUAGCACAUGACUACUUGUCGUCCUCCGCUAAGAUGAUGACGUCACCACGUCGCAUCUGCGUCGUCACCGGACCGGUGAUUGUUGGCGCCGGACCGUCGGGACUAGCGACGGCGGCUUGUCUGAAGGAGAGAGGUAUAACUUCUGUGCUACUCGAGAGAUCAAACUGCAUAGCUUCACUAUGGCAGCUCAAGACUUACGACCGACUCCAUCUCCACCUUCCUAAGCAGUUCUGUGAACUUCCACUUAUACCCUUCCCCGCCGAUUUCCCUACUUAUCCGACAAAACAGCAGUUCAUCGAGUACCUCGAGGACUAUGCUCGGAGGUUCGACAUAAGGCCGGAGUUUGGUCAGACGGUUGAGUCGGCUGAGUUUGACGAGAACCUCGGGAUGUGGCGCGUGACGAGCGUCGGAGAGGAAGGCACGACGGAGUAUGUUUGCCGGUGGUUGGUGGCCGCGACGGGGGAGAAUGCGGAGCCGGUGGUCCCUAGGUUUGAGGGGAUGGACAAGUUUGAGGCCACAGGGAUAGUUAAGCACACGAGUCAUUAUAAGACCGGCGGAGAUUUCGCCGGAAAAAGGGUUUUGGUCGUCGGAUGUGGAAACUCCGGCAUGGAGGUUUGUUUGGAUCUCUGCAAUUUCGGUGCUCAGCCUUCUCUCGUUGUCAGAGACGCUGUGCACGUCCUACCACGAGAGAUGUUGGGUACUUCGACUUUUGGGCUGUCCAUGUUGUUACUCAAAUGGCUGCCCAUCCGGCUUGUUGACCGUUUCCUCUUGGUUGUUUCCCGGUUCAUCCUCGGUGAUACCACCCUGCUAGGUCUUAACCGGCCCCGGUUAGGCCCAUUAGAGCUCAAAAAUCUCACAGGAAAAACUCCUGUUCUCGACGUGGGGACACUUGCCAAGAUCAAAACCGGAGACAUCAAGGUGUGUUCCGGGAUACGAAGGUUAAAACGGCAUGAAGUUGAGUUCGAUGACGGAAAAACGGAGAGAUUUGACGCCAUGAUAUUGGCAACUGGCUACAAAAGCAACGUACCCUCUUGGCUAAAGGAGAAUAAAAUGUUUAGUAAGAAAGAUGGAUUUCCAGUGCAAGAGUUCCCGGAGGGAUGGAGAGGGGAAUGUGGGCUAUAUGCGGUCGGAUUCACAAAACGUGGAAUAUUUGGAGCAUCGAUGGAUGCAAAGAGAAUAGCUCAAGACAUAUACAAGUGUUCAUGUCAAGAAAAUAUGAUCAAGCCUAAUAGCCUAUAGACAUAUAGAAGUGUUCUACGUGAAGAAAAUCUGAUCAAACCUACUAGUAGACUAGACGGUUGAAAAAGAAAAACAUAACUUGAAGGCGGGUAGCGAUCGAAAAAAAAAGGAUGGUUUUGGUGUCAAAGGAGAAUUAGGGAGUGAUGUAAAUUAAGACUUAUCUCCAGCUGCAAUGCAAAUUGGGGAAAAGAAAGAAUGAAAAGGAAACUUAGUGAGAGUGAUUGUGGUGGGAAUUGAUGAUCAUCUGCCCAAAGGAGAGGAGGGGACCCUCUCUCUUUGCAUGCUUAUAACCCACUUUGUAAAUCUUUCUAUACCUUCUUUCUAUGUUUCUAAUUUUCUUUUCUUUUUUCCUUUUCUUUUUUCUUUAGUUUUCCUUAGUUUUUUUUGCUCUUUGUUUCUGGUUCAAUUUUUUGGCAGAGUAUUGUGGUGAUUUUUUUUUUUUGUUAUAUACAUAAUGGAGUAUUUGUUUAA